AUGAAGUCGAUCAGAGCGCUGCUUUCAAAAGAUGCGCCUAUCACAGAAAAGGAGCUGAUCCACGACCAUACUGAAGAUGAUUCGGACUCCGUAGGUAUGUCUUCUGCGGUCAACAAAAAGGACAAUGUUCUCACCACUGUGCAAAGCGGUACAUCGGAAAAACGUUUGGGGGUUAUCGCCUCUGCAGAGUAUGAUCCUCUCGCAGAGGCUCUUUCGCAAGAGGUCGAAGAUGACGAGUAUGCAGGUAUCACAACAGUCGACGACUCGCCUUACCCCGAAGUUCGGGCUGCCGUGCCAAGCUGGGACGAUCCUACACUUCCCCAGAACACUAUCCGGAUGUGGGUGCUGGGUAUCAUCAUGACCACCAUCGGAUGCGCACUUAAUAUGCUUUUCUCCAUGCACGCACCAUCUAUUAUUUUGACAACCUACGUCACGUCUAUCCUGGCUUGGCCUCUGGGUAAGGCCUGGGACAAAAUCAUGCCGGAUGUGCGUAUCUUUGGCAAAUGGGGCGGACCAUCGCUCAACCCCGCUCCAUUCAAUCUCAAAGAGCACACCUUAAUUACCAUCAUGGGUAACGUGGCUUUUGGGGGUGGUGAAGCAUAUGCUACAGACGUGCUACUCGCAAUGAACAAUUUUUACAACGCCAAUUUCGGCUGGGGAUUCAGCUUAUUGGCCAUCUGGUCCACCCAGUGUAUUGGUUUCUCGAUGGCAGGUCUGGCCAAGAAUUUUCUUGUGAAGCCCGCGUCGAUGAUCUGGCCCGCUAACCUUGUCUCAUGUACUUUCCUCACUAAUUUACACGUCAAUGAAAAUCAUAUAGCCAACGGGUGGAAAAUCUCACGUCUCAAGUUCUUCUUCUUGGUCUUUGUCUGUGGAUUCCUGUGGUAUUGGAUUCCAGGCUUUUUAUUCCAAGCCUUGUCGUACUUUGCGUGGGUUACAUGGAUCAAGCCUGAUAAUGUCGUUAUUAAUCAGGUAUUCGGUGCCACUAGCGGUAUGGGGAUCCUACCAAUUACCUUUGAUUGGAACCAAAUCGGUGGUUACGUAGGUUCGCCUUUGGUACCACCAGUGUCUGCUGUUGCAACCAUCGGUCUUUCGAUGAUUCUCAUCUAUUGGAUCGUUGUUCCUGCUAUCCACUAUUCAAAUGUCUGGUACGGCAAAUAUUUGCCUAUCUCGGAUUCGGAGUCUUACGAUAGAUAUCAGCAAACCUACAAUGUUUCAAAAAUCAUCAACACGGAUUUGUCCUUCAACAAACCAAACUAUGAGAAGUAUUCGCCUUUGUAUCUAUCAGCUACGUUUGCGGUUGCGUACGGUUUGUCAUUUGCCUCUUAUACCGCUACAAUCACCCACUCGAUAGUAUUCCACGGUAAGGAAAUUUGGAAACAGCUCAAGGCUUCGAGGGAAGAGGACGAAGAUAUUCAUGCUAGAUUGAUGAAAAACUACAGAGAAGUUCCAUCCUGGUGGUAUGGUGUAGUUUUCUUGAUUUUUUUUGGUUUCUCCAUUGCAACAAUUAGAGCUUGGAAUACGGAAAUGCCAGUGUGGUGUCUAAUUGUAGCCUUAAUUAUUGCCGCAGUUUUCCUGUUACCUUGUGGGUUCAUUUACGCAAUUACUAAUAUCUCAGUAGGUUUGAACGUUAUCACAGAAUUUAUUAUUGGUUACAUGUUACCAGGUAAGCCAAUUGCAAUGAUGUUCUUCAAAACCUUCGGAUACAUCACUAAUAAUCAAGCCAUUACAUUUGCCCAAGACAUGAAACUCGGUCACUAUAUGAAGGUAGCUCCACGUCUCAUGUUCUGGGCACAAUUUAUUGCCACAGUUUGGGGCGGUCUUGUCCAGAUCUGCGUUAUGAAAUGGGCACAAGGUGCUAUCGAAGAUGUCUGCUCGGAACAUCAAAAGUCGCACUUUACGUGUCCAAAUGCUACCGUCUUCUUUAAUGCUUCCAUUAUUUGGGGUGUGAUUGGGCCUCAACGAAUUUUUAGCGGAGAUGGUCUUUACAAGGGAAUGCUGUGGUUUUUCCUCAUCGGAGCUGCUCUUCCCAUAAUCAACUGGCUGAUCCUCAAAAAAUGGCCAAAGUCGCCAAUCAAGUACUUGAAUUGGCCUGUGUUCUUUUCGGGUACAGGCUUGAUCCCCCCUGCUACUCCAUAUAACUAUGGUGCAUACUGUAUGAUAGGUAUUUUCUUUGGAUACUACGUGAAGAGAAAGUGGUUUCACUGGUGGAGCAAGUAUAAUUACUCUUUAUCUGCUGGUUUAGAUAUCGGGUUGGCUUGGUCGUCUUUGAUCAUUUUCCUUUGCAUCUCCCUGACCAACACAGAUGCGCCCUCCUGGUGGGGAAAUAAUGUCAUUUCAACCAUGGAUUAUAAUGAUACUGCUAUCCAAAGAGUACUUGCUGAUGGUGAAUCAUUCGGAUUGACUAGCUGGUGA